AUGGCCUACGCCCUGGUUUCCCCCAGUCUACAUCCUCCCUCUUCCAGGAUCUCAGAAAUACCCCCGAGCUUUGACCUACUGCUGCCUGAGCCCCGGAAGCUCAGGCUGCCAGCCUGCCAGUGGGGAAUCUUUGAGUAUGCAGAUGGGCCCAAUGCUCAGGUAAUGAAUGCAGAGGAGCAAGCCUUCCGAUUUUCUGCCAAUAUCAUCAACAGAAACAGGACUUUGCUACCCAAUACCACCUUGACCUAUGAUAUUCAGAGGAUACACUUCCACGACAGCUUUGAAGCCACUAAGAAAGCCUGUGACCAGCUGGCCCUGGGGGUUGUAGCCAUUUUUGGACCUUCCCAGGGCUCCUGCACCAAUGCAGUCCAGUCUAUCUGCAAUGCCCUGGAAGUGCCCCACAUCCAGCUACGUUGGAAACACCAUCCCUUGGAUAACAAAGACACCUUCUAUGUGAAUCUCUACCCUGACUAUGCAUCCCUCAGCCACGCCAUCCUUGACCUUGUCCAGUAUCUGAAAUGGCGGUCAGCGACUGUGGUGUAUGAUGACAGCACAGGCCUCAUCCGCCUGCAGGAACUUAUAAUGGCCCCAUCGCGCUAUAAUAUCCGCCUGAAGAUUCGCCAGCUCCCCAUCGACUCUGAUGACUCCCGGCCCCUGCUCAAGGAGAUGAAGAGAGGCAGAGAAUUCCGCAUCAUCUUUGACUGCAGUCACACCAUGGCUGCCCAGAUCCUCAAGCAGGCCAUGGCGAUGGGGAUGAUGACUGAGUACUACCACUUUAUCUUCACAACUCUGGACCUUUAUGCAUUAGACUUAGAACCCUACCGCUACUCUGGAGUGAAUCUAACAGGGUUCCGGAUCCUCAAUGUGGAGAACCCCCAUGUCUCAGCCAUUGUAGAGAAGUGGUCCAUGGAGAGGCUGCAGGCGGCACCCCGGGCUGAGUCUGGCCUGCUGGAUGGGGUGAUGAUGACAGACGCGGCCUUGCUCUAUGAUGCUGUCCAUAUUGUCUCUGUGUGCUACCAGCGGGCCCCGCAGAUGACUGUCAAUUCACUGCAGUGUCAUCGCCAUAAAGCCUGGCGCUUUGGAGGUCGCUUCAUGAAUUUCAUCAAAGAAGCUCAAUGGGAAGGAUUAACUGGACGGAUUGUUUUCAACAAAACCAGUGGCUUAAGGACUGAUUUUGACUUGGAUAUCAUCAGCCUGAAGGAAGAUGGCCUGGAGAAGGUGGGUGUGUGGUGUCCUGCUGAUGGCCUCAACAUCACAGAGAUUGCCAAGGGCCGGGGUCCUAACGUCACUGACUCCUUGACCAACAGAUCCCUCAUUGUCACCACUGUACUGGAGGAGCCUUUCGUCAUGUUCCGGAAGUCAGACAUGACCCUCUUUGGAAAUGACCGGUUUGAGGGCUACUGCAUUGACCUACUGAAGGAACUGGCCCACAUCCUGGGCUUCACCUAUGAGAUCCGGCUGGUGGAAGAUGGGAAGUAUGGGGCACAGGAUGAGAAGGGCCAGUGGAAUGGCAUGAUUAAGGAGCUCAUUGACCAUAAGGCAGACCUGGCUGUGGCCCCUCUGACCAUCACUCACAUCCGGGAAAAAGCCAUCGACUUCUCCAAGCCCUUCAUGACUCUCGGCGUCAGUAUCCUGUACCGCAAACCCAAUGGCACUAAUCCUGGCGUAUUCUCCUUCCUCAAUCCCUUGUCUCCUGACAUCUGGAUGUAUGUCCUUCUUGCCUAUCUGGGUGUCAGCUGUGUUCUCUUCGUCAUUGCCAGGUUCAGCCCCUAUGAAUGGUACGAUGCGCACCCCUGUAACCCUGGCUCAGACAUCGUGGAGAACAACUUCACUUUACUCAACAGCUUCUGGUUUGGGAUGGGCUCCCUGAUGCAGCAAGGCUCUGAAUUGAUGCCCAAAGCCCUGUCCACGAGGAUCAUUGGCGGCAUCUGGUGGUUCUUCACGCUGAUCAUCAUCUCUUCAUACACGGCCAACCUGGCGGCCUUCCUGACAGUGGAGCGGAUGGAAUCUCCCAUUGACUCAGCGGACGACCUGGCCAAGCAGACCAAGAUUGAGUAUGGGGCAGUCAAGGAUGGGGCCACCAUGACCUUCUUCAAGAAAUCCAAGAUUUCCACAUUUGAGAAGAUGUGGGCAUUCAUGAGCAGCAAACCCUCAGCCCUGGUGAAGAACAAUGAGGAGGGCAUCCAGAGAGCCCUCACAGCCGACUACGCUCUGCUCAUGGAAUCCACAGCCAUUGAGUACAUCACUCAGAGGAACUGCAACCUCACCCAAAUUGGGGGCCUCAUCGACUCCAAAGGCUAUGGGAUUGGCACACCAAUGGGCUCCCCCUAUAGGGACAAGAUCACCAUUGCCAUCCUCCAGCUCCAGGAAGAGGACAAGCUGCACAUCAUGAAGGAGAAGUGGUGGCGGGGGAACGGCUGCCCGGAGGAAGAGAACAAGGAGGCGAGUGCCCUGGGCAUCCAGAAGAUCGGGGGUAUCUUCAUUGUGCUUGCCGCGGGGCUGGUACUGUCCGUGCUGGUGGCUGUGGGCGAGUUCAUCUACAAACUCCGGAAAACAGCCGAGCGGGAACAGCGUUCAUUCUGCAGCACUGUGGCUGACGAAAUCCGAUUCUCCCUCACCUGCCAGCGACGGGUCAAACACAAGCCUCAGCCACCAGUCAUGGUCAAAGCCGACGCUGUCAUCAACAUGCACACAUUCAAUGACCGUAGACUCCCAGGCAAGGACAGUAUGACCUGCAAUACUGCACUGGCGCCCGUAUUCCCCUAGGGCUGGGGCAAGGGCCAGGGGCUGGCAAGAGGCAGCUCCUUUAGGGCAACGGAUGGGGACAGAAGGAAAGAUCCCCCUUCUAAGUCUGUGGGCACUGAAGGAAGCUGGGCCCACCCCCACUUGCCCACCUACAAUGAACCUACCAGACCCCAGCCUGUGGUUUAGGGGCUUGGGUGGGUAGUAGGUGGGGGCAUCUUGUUUGUCUCUCUCUAAAGCA